AAGAGAGAACGCACGGCCACACGGCCACACGCCAGAGCGGCCGAGCCCCUCGACACGCCGCCGCCGACGCAUCCACCUGACCAGCGGCCAACGCCUCCACCUCGCACACGCCCUAGAACGCCGCCGCCGACUCCAUCUCGGACGCGUCCACCGCCCCAAUCUCAGCUCGUUCCUCCACGUCGACUCGUCUCCCAGAUCGGCAAGGCGACCCGUUCGUGCUUCACACCGCCGGCCCAAUCUCCGCCUGACGCAGUAGGCUGCUAGAAAUGGACCAAUGGUAUUUCAUGGUUUCUAGCCCAAAGAACAACUAAAGCAGCAGAGGAAAAGCGAGGUGAGGAAAAUGGACGAGGCGAACUCGUACGAGGAGCAGCGCAGGAGGCAGAUCGAGCAGAACAAGCGCAAGCUGGAUGAGCUGCGGGUGCACAAGCUCUCUGCUGCCGUCCGCCAGGCCGCCGCCAAGCCCAUGCCGGCCAAGCUGCGGAUGCCUCGGAAUCCGAGGCUGGACGCCCCGACCCGAUGGUCCGGCCGCAUCGCCAGCCUCCUGGAGCAGCCCGACUACCGCGUCAGGAAGGCGAAUGGCGAUGUAAAGAACGAAUCACCUGAUCCAGUUCCAGUUCCAGUGUACGCGACCGACGAAGAGAGAGCCUAUGCAUUCACCAAGGCCGAACAGCUCAACGGCCAGCUGGGCUCCGACCACCCAACCUUCAUCAAGCCUAUGUCCCACGGUUCCGCCAAAAAAUCGAGGCAUCUGAAUAUCCCAGGGCACUUCAGGCAGUAUCUCCCCGUGCAUGAUGAGAUGAUGGUUCUGGUGGAUGAGGCGAAUGACGAGUUUGACGUGCUCUACCGUAUCAGCCACACUCAUCGUAUGUGUCUCAACGGGUGGAGAACGUAUUCUGCUUACCAUGAGCUGGCUGAUGGUGACUGCUUGGUGUUCCAGCAGAUAGAGAGGAGAAAAUUCAAGGUUUAUAUAGCUAGAGCGAGUUCUUACAACAAAAAUGACCACUGAUGGUGCGAGCUUCCAAUAGUGCCAGCAGAGAAGGUGAAAUGCAUAUUUUCAAUUGCGAAUUGGGAUGGGCAGCUGAGAACAUGUGGCUCGCUGCUUUUUUUUUGGAAUUUGGAGGGUGACAGGCUCUCAACCUAAGGAGACGUACAUGAGCAUUUGUUCCUUUGGCCAAAGUGGUAGCCAAGAUGAAAAGCUUGGAUGACCUGUUGAUUGCUCUGUUGCAAAAACUGAGCCUGGUUGUUGGUAACAAACUUGCUCGGUUAGUAGUUAUUUUAGUACCCAAUGUUUGUAGUUUAGGUGUUUGCAUAUCUUCUGACGGGUCAGUCAGAUGCCAUGAACAUUGAGAAUCAGCAGCUGCAACGCGAAUCUGCAGCAAGAAACUGCGCAUGUGGUGCAUGCGCUCCAACUGCGCAGCGAGAAUUAAUCUCAAUGAAUUUGUUAUUUCUUCCCCGUUUUAA